UCAACGACGAGACAUAUAAUACAUCGUGUUCAUAGGUGAAUUAAAUUUUCUUUUGGUAUUUCAUUGAAAACAUAUGCGCCAUUUAGUAUGACAAAUGAUUCAAACAUAACGGAACAUUCGUUUACGCUGGUUACAUCACAACGCAAAAACAAGAAAAAGUGUGCAAAUAAGAUACAUAUAUCCAAAACAAGUGGUGAAGAUAUUGUUGAUGAAGAGUUGAUCAUUAAACGAUUAUACGAGGCUCAAAGUGAUUUGCAUUUGUCCAGCUAUUACGAAAACACUGUUAAUAAGCUUCGGACUGUAUUGAAGAGAUUUGAAUGCAACGAAAAAGACUUAAUUUGUAUUGGAAUUGGUCAUUUUACUGAAUGUUUGAUAUCUCGACAUCAAUUGGCGUUCGUUUUGUCCAUCAAAGAGCUAUUUAAUUUUACUUCAAUAAUUUUCCAUGAGCCAAUUCUAUUCAGAUCUGAAGUGAAUAUUUUGAAAAAAUUGAAUUGUACCAUUGCCGAAAAAAACGUUGAGGGGAAAAUUGAAAUCACGAAUGUGACUUUGGUUUAUGCUCCACAUUGUCCAAAACAACUAAUAAAUAAUCUGCUGUGGAAAAAUUGGAACGAGGCUGCAUUGAAACAAUUAAUUUAUAUCGGAAAUAGUUUUUCAAACCUAUUAAAUUCAUCACCGAGUCGUUUUUUAUCCAUCGAUGCUGGAUUCAUUGUAAAACUUCAGCCGAAUUGUGAAGAAAUUAAGUUGGAGAAUAAUUACAAAUUUAACGACAUUUUCAACGAUACCUCUUUACACCAUUUUUCCGUUGUUGAGAGUUUGGAGGAGACAUUUUGGAGUUCAGAAAAUAAAGAACCAGUAUACGGAUCAGAUAAUUUGGAAUUAAUUACAAUUGAUUUAAUUGAAAAGUUGACGAUAUAACAAUGGCUGGCUCACAAUUAUACAAA